AUGCUUCGAAAUAAUGAACACGAAGACGAAGAUGAUGAUUUCAUGGACAUCUCUAAUUCAUUAGAUCCAGUAGCUGGCGAUAUUUCAGAUAAUGAUGCCGUUGUUACUAUUGAUCAAGCCGUUUCAUUGUCAUCAUCAUUGUUGACAUCAUCGCCUGAUGCUGAAUUAUAUGACGAAGCUGAUUCAAAUUUAUUUUUAUUAUUUUUUAUCUUGUAUUUCGUGUACUUCUGA